AUGAUGGACAAAAGUACCCAAACGGAUGCUCAAAUGGCUUCUCUCACGACUUCCAUCAGCAAUCUUGAAGUGCAAAUGGGCCAAAUUUCUCAAGUCCUCAACUUUAGACAAAAGGGUGCUCUACCAAGUAAUCCGGUGGCUAUAAUCCUAAAGAAUUUGGUUGAGGAGAAGGAUAAGAAAGCGAAGGAGUUUCAAGAUAACACUGUUGCAGUCAAUUUUACCCCACAAAGCAAAAUAGGCAAGAUGCUAAUGGCUAAAUGUAGGACGCUGUUUGAGGAAACUGAAGAGAUCGAAACCAGGUUAAUGAAGGAAGAUGCAUGAAUUAACAAUGAAACUGGCUUUGCAGAAGUCUCACAAUGCUGAACUCAAAAGUCAAUUUGAAGAUAGAAAACAUGAAUGAUGAACAAGAAAUGGGUGGCCCAAUGGUUGGUAUUGAUUCGAAAGAAAGGAAGAUCAUUCAACGUAAUUCUCAAGCCAUUUUGCUUCCAAAGUAAUUCCCUUUACUCUCUCUC